UGACACUGCAUACCUAUACUAAAAAUAAAAAAUAAAUUCAUGAAACAUGUUAAAGCAUCCAGAAUUAUAGCCACGUUAAUAACGUUUGUAAAAACCCAAACCGUUUGAAAAUCGGUAGAAAAUUGAGCAAGUUAUGGUCAUUUAAAAGUACCUGCACCAUUAAACUCAAUGCUACGAGUGAGCGAGCGCCCUGUCGUAAGAUGGCCGCCAUGUGAUGCCGUUAGGGACUCCGCCUUGAGCCAUCUAGCCUUUAUAUACAUAUCUAUGGUGUUGAUAUCACACCGAGCUCCCGGCACAUCGCGUUUGUUGUUUAUAUCACACGCAUGCGCGCACGUCUCACAAGAUUUUCCUUAUAUCAAUAACCUCGCGUGUGAUUGGAGGAGCCCGACAGGCUUCUCGCCUUCGUCCAAUCGCGUGCGAUGUCAUGGCCACGGCUCACACAGCAGUGUAAAGACGAGCGUAACAGACGUUUGGUUUGGUGUUUGUAACUCUCCAAGAAGAGAAGACGGGUACACAAUCCCAAGAUUGCGGAGGUUGUACGGCGUCUCUGAGGCACACUGCAGGCGCUUUGAACCAGAGCAAAGACUAACGUCGCCUCAUAACGAAGCCGUGACCUCCUAUUUGGUUGGGGCUAUUUUAGCAAGUCCACGUUUAACUGCUGAGAAUGACGACAUUGUUUCUGCCUGUAAGACGUAUUAUGAGUCGGUUCGCCGGAGCUUCAGAUACAAACAACCUGAACUCGCAUCGCGGGCGGAAAAUGCGAAAAGUUUAGCUCGGAGUCGAUCCAGAAGAAAAAGGUUGCUGGAAGCGAGACGAAGUGUGCUGGCUGAGGGUGAGAUGGACAUUUGAAAGUGCGCCACCAUAGAUCUCAUGCCUGAUGAAGACGGCAUUGUUGACGGGGUGUCUGGAUGGAUUGUACGGCCACCGCCCUCUGGCAGCCUGGAACUCUCCGAGCUCUGUGCCACGCUGCAAUUCAGAUUAGAGGCGAUACCAAAGUACAGGGGAACUCACCAUAUAUGCCUGCAAAAGCGACUUUUAUACAACGUUUUUGAGUUUGUUUGUUUUUUCUUUUUCUUUUUUCAACACUUGAUAACUUUGAAAAAGAUUUUUAGGGAUCUUUCCCGAAUGUCUUGGGCACUUUUUGACGUGUUUGGAGGACAACAUAAGAUACAUUAUGCUGCUUUGUACAUAGUUGUGUGUUUCUAAUUAAAGCUCUUUCUUUGAAUAAACAGCUGUGUGUUUAUAAAUAAACCUCUUUGUUUUCUCUUAUAUUUCUUGAUGGUGUGAAUAAUGAAGUACAUAGCACAAUGACAUUAUUAUAUAAAAAAUUAAUAUCACAUAAAUUAUAUAUUUAUUAUUAUUAUUAUUAUUGGGGUUUACAUUUAUAAUGAGCCAGGGUGCCCAAUAACCCCCCUCUUUAGAGUAACGGCCCGACUUGAAUUUACUCACUCGGUAUUGGCUGAAGCCACUUCUUUUAAACAAGAAAAAUCCCUUGUGAUUGGUUUGAAGUGAUCUGCCAACCAUUCACGGGAGAUUUUACUUGUUUAAAAGUAGUGGCUUCAGCCAAUACUGAGUGAGUACAUUCAAGUGGGCAGUUACUCUAGUUUCGCUGCUAUUCACAUGCUAAUUAGACUAGAGACGCUCUACCUGGCCGGCAGAGGUUUCGCUGCUAUUCAUAUGCUAAUUAGAGGCAUCGUACCCCCGCGGGGCUCUCCACCUGCGACAUGGUUCGUUUACGACAAUUUGUGACACAGACGAACGCGACGCUCGCUGCCUGUAAAUUGAGGAAAGCUGCCGAAAAUUAGGGAGAUUUUCGGGAGCCUACAGGCGCUUACGGGGACGAAAAUCCCACUUUU